CCCUGGUUGGUCUCCCUUGGGAUUUCAGGAGCGAAGACUCCUCUCUACCCCCCUUCCCCGAGCAGCCUCUUUCGGUAGUAGCUGCACUGCUCUCUCCUGACAGAGUUAGGGGAACCACUAAGGACCUAAUUUGACAGCACUCGUCUUGUCAGCAGGUCCAGUAGCUACCACCGUACCGUAGUAGCAAUGGCUUCAGUGAGCAUUCGAGCAGCCACCCAGGCUCUGGGGUCCCUCUCUCUCUCCUCCCAACUGAGGACCUCUAGCAGAGUAUCGCUCGGGGACUCGCUUAGGGUUUCGAGCUUCCGGGGCUGCCAGCUCGUUGCUGCCAGCCGGCCAGCUGUUACCGCUGCCGCUAGCAGAUCUCUAGCCGUGGUUGCCGCCGCUGCCAGCCCUCCCGCCGUUGCUGCGGCUGCUGGCAAGACCGUGAAGCCGAAGAAGGUGGACUCGGCCAUCAAGCGCGCCAAGCAGGCGGAGGUGCGGCGGGUGUACAACAAGUCGCGCAGGACGGAGAUGAGCACGCGGAUGAAGAAGGCGUUCCUUGCUCUGGAGGAGCUGCGCAAGAGUGGGUCCCCCUCCGAGGAGCAGGUGGUGGCAGCUGAGAAGCUCAUCUCGGAGGCCUUCUCCAUCAUCGACCGGUCCGUGAAGGUCAAUGUCAUCCACCAGAACAAGGGCGCUCGCCGCAAGGCUCGCCCUUUCCCGGGCCAAGCGCGCUACGCUGAUUUCGCUUGGAUUGUACACUCCCGAGCCUGCUGCUGCUACUGCGUAGAAUGAUGGUGGUUGUGGGGUGGGGUUGGAGGACUGACAGGUGUAUGUUAGUCUUUGGUGAUGGUGUUAUUUCUUGUUAAUGGUAGUGCAUAUAUACAAACGCACUGCUGUGGAGGGUAGAGGAAGAGCAAGAAGUCCAAGUACAGAUCUUCAUGAGGAUAAAAUAUUUUAAGGGCAUGCUUUGCAACAUCUGAACUCUACAGUAAGUUGUAAUUGGCUCUAUACGACCACGCAGCGAAGCAACGGAAAUGUUGUCGGAGCAGCAGUUGACGGAGUAGCGCCUGAUCAAAGUCCUGACGGAGAGGCACAUGACGGGGGAGCAGCAAUCGGCAUAGUUUUACUGACGUGACUAAUUCGAAGUUUUUGCACUCGUGAGGCAGGUUCUGCGUUGGAGGCCACGAGUCGAGGUGAAUGCGUCCAUAGAAGUGCAGCUGACUUACGCGCGCUGGCAGUUCACCCAGGCGUACGUCAGGCUUUUCCACAGACCAGCCAGGUUUUGCCUGGAUCGAGGCCAGGAAUCUGGUAAACUGGAUAGUAACAUCUACCAGUAGAGGCCUCGGGUUUAUCCGGAGUGAACGUGUCGUGAGACGGACACUUUUAGGCGUUCUUAGUAGCCGGACUAUUAAGCUGCUCUAGAGGCGCCAUGUCGCUAUUAAACGUUCCCUUGAAUAAAC